CAACUACUCGAAGUGAAGAGGCCGUGGGAGUUCAGGCGCUGGAGCCAGAGAUUGAACAGAGGCAAACUCAGCAGCGCUAGAUCUUCGAACCAGGACUCUCCAGCGGCGUUGAUUCCGUUCCAAAGAACUUGUUUGGAAGAUCUAGGGGCAAAAAUGUCGUUCACCGGCCAGCCAAACAGAGCGGGAUCCGCCGACGAAGCUUUGGACAGGUCGUGAAGCUUUCGACUUUUGGGCAUCAGAGGAAACUGAAAUGAAAUGGGUAUGGGAAUGUUGUCAGUCCUGGAAUUGGAAAUAUACCCAAGCUUGGGUUUUUGGAUUUGGGGAAGAAGAUAGAGAUUUGUUGAAGUGAUGUUGAAGAAGAUGAGCAAAAAGAUGAAGAUUUGUUGUUGUUUGAUUUUGGUCCCUCAGAUCUGACUCUCUCUCUUUUGUUAAUUAAAUUUUUUAUAUAAUUUAAUUAAUAAUUGAUUUUUUAUUUUUUUAAUCUAUAUUAUUAUAUAUUACAUGAAUGUCACGUGGAUCACCCAUGUGUCAACUUAAGUGACAGGUCACUUUUCCGUCCCAGGGACUAACGGUCAAACUUAGAUAAUGACUAUUAUGACCGACGUCAACACUUACAGGAAUUUUUUUAACCAUUAAUGAUUUCAAGGGACUAUUAUGACCGGCGCCUUCAUUGUUAGGGACCAAAAUGAUGAUUCACUCCUCACAAAAAUGAGUUACAAUUUGAAGAGAGUAAUAAAUACAUCGUUAAUGGUGAAUUGGAGAGGAACCCUAAGUAGUGAAAUUGCAGAGUGGUGGUCGGCGUGAGUAUGGAUGGGGCGAAAGUAAGAGAGCUGAAGCAACUGGUGGAGGCAUGCAAGUCAAAUCCUUCACUUCUCCACAACCCUUCUCUUUCCUUCUUCAAGUCUUAUCUUCUCAGCCUAGGUGCUCGCAUCCCGAUCCAACCUAAAACGGAGCCUACUGAUUCUGAUGAUCAAAAUGACUUUAUAGAAUCUGAUUUAGAGUUGGAUAAUACUGAUGUCCUACAACCACAAGAACAAGAUGAACCUCAUAAUUAUAAGAUGGGAAUUCCUUCUGCUCAAGUAACAGUAACAGAGGAACAGAGGGAUGCUGCACAACUUGCAAAAUCAAAAGCACUCCAUGCUAUAUCACAAGGUAACUUGGACCAAGCACUCGACCUGCUCACAGAAGCCAUUUUGUUGAAUCCGCAUUCAGCCAUACUUUAUGCCACCAGAGCUAUUGUCUUUCAGAAAUUGAAGAAACCAAAUGCUGCUAUCCGUGAUGCUGACACUGCCUUGGAGAUUAAUCCAGAUUCAGCUAAAGGAUACAAAGCACGAGGAAUGUCAAGGGCCAUGCUGGGGCUCUGGGAAGAAGCAGCCCGUGAUCUUCGUGUGGCUUCAAACUUAGAUUAUGAUGAAGAGGUUGGUAUGUCACUUAAAAAGGUCGAGCCAAAUGCUCGCAAAAUUGAGGAGCACAGGAGAAAAUAUGAACGCCUACGAAAGCAAAAGGGGCAGAAAAAGUCUCAACCUAAGAAGCAACAACAAGCUGAAGCCCAAGAUCAAGAAGCAUUAUCUGCUUUAAAAGAUGGGCAAGUCAUUAGUAUUCACUCUGGUGGUGAACUUGAAACAAAGUUGGGUGCUGCAUCAAAAACAUCUCGCUUGGCAAUCCUGUACUUCACUGCAACAUGGUGUGGCCCUUGUCGCUUCAUUUCGCCUAUUUAUACAAGCUUGGCUGAGAAGUACCCAAAAGUGGUUUUUUUAAAAGUUGACAUAGAUGAGGCAAGGGAUGUUGCUGCACGUUGGAAUAUUAGCAGUGUUCCUUCCUUUUUCUUUGUGAAAAAUGGCAAAGAGGUUGACAGUGCGGUGGGGGCAGACAAAAGCACACUUGAAAGGAAGAUUAUACAACAUGCUGGCUCUCUUUAAGUCAAUAAUACCUUAUAAGAACCCUGAUACAAUUGUAUUUCUUUGCCAUUUCUUUUGCUUACACAUCUUUGGUGUCGUCCAGAGGCAAAGACCAGUAUGAGAGUUCCAAUGUAUUAUGAUUUGAUGUCUAAUGCUUGUGUGUAGAUAAUGUUAAUGUUGAUUUGUAAUAUCUUUCAAAUUUUCAUGCUGAUUUUAGGUUCAUGGUUACAGAAACGGGAACGAAAGUAACAUAGGACAAGGUUGCUUAUUUGGAAACUUAUGGAUGGGUCACUCACUUGAUAUUUUUUGUUA